CCUGAGGAGUUGCUUUGCGCGCGCUCAUGUGGCGGCUCGUCAACCUCGUUUAAAUAGUUUUUCCUGUCAAUAACAACGUCUCCCGCCCCCGCCAUCCUUUGCUUGUUUUUUUGCCUUGCGUGCGAGGUGGGAGUGGCGGGGGUAGGCUUCAUAGCAGCAGGCCCGGCGUUGUGCAGAGGGAGCAUCUGUGAGUCUCUGCAGGGCUGCAUGGGCAGAGACUGAGGAACCAGUUCGGAGGAGGCUGCGGGCCUGCGAAAGGCGCCGGUAGGUGCGUCCAGGUGUCUAUCUUUAAACAACCACAGCCCACCAUUUUUAUGUCCAGAAAACUGCAACGUCUUCGGGACCAUGACAUAAAUCCUUGUCUACCAGAAGCAGAUGACUCUAGAAAAUGUAUGGAUAAGAGUAACUACAAUAAGGGUGCAUGCAGCGCUUACUUUUUAAGAUACAAAAACUGCAGAAGAUUUUGGAAUGGGAUCAUGAUGCAGAGAAGAAAUGAUGGAAUAAAACCAGAUAUGCCUACAGCAGAAGAAAGAGAGAGAAUCCUGGCAUCAAUGGGAAGAAUACCAUACUGAUCAUGCGGUGUUACUGUAAACAAGCUGUUAGAGACUAGGUGGUGAUUGUUACUACCUUAUUAAACACUUUUGUGCAAUAUCCUGAACUGUAAUUUAGGAUAUGGCAUCUAUAAGCUGGUUUUUACUGCAACCAAAGCAGAAACCUGAAACCUUGAUGACUAUUAGAAGAGUAAAAUGUAAGCUUCUCAUAGCAUGUAUGAGAAACUUUCAGUAACAAAGUCGAAUCUGAUAGGAUUGCAAACAGCAUCAUAUAUUUUCAGUUGAUAGAAAAAGAUUUGGAUAUACCAUAUUAAGGAAAAUAGUGAAUAGGGUUGAAUGUUACUGACUUUAUUGUUCCAAAAGAAGGAAAACCACUUCUUAAAUAGAUUUACUUUGCAUCAUUGGGGAUUUUUCAUUUUGUAUAUAGUAAGUCAGCAUUGCAGAUCCUGAAAAUGGAAUACUAAUUGGUGCUGUGCUAUUCUUCAAUACAAUGCUAUGGAUAGUCUCACCAUAGUAACCUAUCUAUUCUUCAAUAUUGCCUUUCAUCAUAGUUCUGUUGAGAUAAUACAUUAGCAAUUGGGCCUUCUGAUAAACUGUAUUCCAGAACUUAAUAUAAACCAGUGCUUUCACAAGUUAUUACAGCACAAUUCUGGAAGUACGUAAAAAUUGAGAUAGAAUUCACCACAUCUCUGUCAUCAGUUGCAAAUUAUAACCAAUUUUCAGACUGUAAUCACUGAUAAUACAUACUUAGCAUUUAAUUCUUAAGUCUUUAAUAGUUCACUUGCUAAAUUUGCUUCCCCCGUGUCUCAGGGUGGUUUACAAACAUGGUUCUCUCCCUCUCUAUUUUAUCCUCACAACAACCCUGUGAGAUAUGUUAGGCUGAGAUACAGUGACUGGCCCAAAGUCACCCAGUGAGCUUCAUGGCUAGGUGGAGAUUCAAACUCUGGUCUCCCAGCCCACUUCUCUGUUCCUGUUCAGGCUUCAAGUGCUACCUUUUAAAAAAAGACUAACAGAUAUCGAUGAUGUUGUGAAACUUUUCUGUAAUCUAGAGAUCCAGAGUAUAAGGGCAGCGGUUGAAGGUAGGAAAGGAAGAACUGUCUGAAGGUAUUAGGAAAAGCCAAUGCGGUAAACCUAAUAGGAUUUCGUAUGAAACCCUUCUUUAUAGCCUGUUGUGAGUUCCAUAGGUGAGGUUACGUGGUUCAACACCUGCAUUUAUGACUUAUUAAUAAACAUUCUAAAUUGUCUUAAAUGGUCCCUAUCCCCUUUUAGGGCUGAAGGAACAAGUCAAUGCAAUGUUUUCCUUCUAGUGUUUCUUUAACUGUUAAGCAUGAGUUUAUUUCAGUCCCUGUGUUUCUUGAAUGCUUGUUAAUCCACCUACUCUCCAACACAUGGACUUAGUUUUAUUUCUUUGCAAAACCAUUAAUUUACAGUGCUAAUAUCAGCAGAUAUUAUUAAUUAAACUAGUUAGUCACUUGUUACACAGAGGUCUCCAAGUGACUUGCAGCGUAUUUAAAAAUGAAUACAUUAUAAUAGCACAUUCAUGCAAAACCACAUGCAAUUCUUAAAUAUUAAACACUCCACCGAUAACAGUCUCAGGAAGCUUUUGCAGCACCCUAAUGGCAAAAACAUAGCCCAUCAAAAGCUUUAGGGGAAAGGUAAGUUUUUACCUAGUGCUGAAAAAAUGUGAGCAAAGGCAUCAGGUGGACUUAACUAGAGAGAGCAUUCCACAGAUGAGGAGCGACAACUUAAAAUGACUGUCUCCCUCUGAGACUCGGAGAACAGAUGGGGAGAAGGUGCAGUAUGUGCCAUGGGUGGUUUCUUUCUACUGAAGCUUUUUUCCUUUGUUUUCUGGAUCAGCUGCUGAAUUUUCACUGUGCUUUUGCUGGGAAUAAUAGUGCAGUAGUGUGACAAACCAGCUUUGGCAGCGUGUAGGCUGAUUGUCCACAGCAGUGAGACUGCCUGUAGUAUAGUUUUUUCUUCCUGUGUCUCUGGUGGGAUCUUAUGUAGAUGUUGAGGUUUCAUUGCAAACAAUGGUGGUUCUGUUGUGCUCAAUGCACAUUUCCUGCUUAUAUACGGUUGCUAGCAAACUGGUGUUCAGCCUGUAUCUGUUCUUUCCUGAAGCUUACCUGUAUUCACUGAUCACAGUGGGGCUACUGGUGCUGUGGUGCAACACCCAUUUUGUAAAUUAGCUUAUAAAUUAAGUGAAGGAAGGAUUGGGACAAAAUUAAGUCUUUGGCCUGGCAGAGUGUAAUUUCGAAUCUAUGUUGGACAGUCAGUUCUCCUUGACUAGUUACUGGCUAGAAAGUAGUAGGCUGCCUGACUACUUGAUAAAGAGAAAUCUUACCAUGGGAAAAACGUAAUUCAUUGUUUUUGAUGUAGUUAUCAUGCUGUAAUUAGUUCAUAGACUGAGUAUUAAAUAUUUAUUGAAAACAAAAAGAUUCUGCUUUCAAGUAGGAAUACAAUGGAGAAAAUGGUACAGAAUAGUAUAGAAUUACUUGUAUCUUAAGUUAUCAGUAGCAAAUCUCCUAUGAAGUUUCCUAUUACUCUCUACUCAUUGGGCAUAUCCUUUAUUUGAUGCUACUCUCUGGCCUGAUUCAGAUAGUUACCCUGAGCAGGGGUCCAUAAUGUGUCAUACAUAAGGUUGGUACUUCAUGAUGAUGCCCAAUUGUGCAAAUGCAAGAUCCAUAGGAUUCUUCCCCCCUUAAAAGGGGAACAGAUAAUUUGGUGCCCUGUUACUAAGGAGCUCUGUUCAGCUGGAACUCUGCAUAUGCCCCAGAACUAUGUGAUUACUUUAGCUUUCAUCUGUGUGCAACGAGCAUAAAACCAUUGCAAACUAAUAGCUUGAAUCAAUGUUUGGCUUUUUUAACUGGCCUCUCAGGGCGUGGGAUUGAACAGGAGCAUUGACUGCCUGGUAUAUGAAUGCCUAAUUAACCACCAGAACCUUUGCUGUAUCUAAUACAAGUAUAUACUUAUAUUUGGCCAUUAAUUAACCCUGAUUAAAAUAAGUCUUUUUUUUCUGAA